AUGACAUUUCUCUACUUCUUCCACACUCUAAUCCGGGGCAUGCCGCGCCGCAUCAUAACAUUCUACUGGAUUACUGUCGGCCUCACUUUCGUCUUCUGGAUUUACUCUACCUUUACUACUAUUAUCAUCUGCCCUCACUUCGGUGCUGAUUCCGCCAAGUGUACCUUAGCCCCAAAUCAGCAUGCAAGAAGCCUCUCUAACGAUGUACUUAAUGUCGUUAGUGAUAUCAUAGUUGAUACCUUAAUCGUGACGUUACCACUAGUCAUCCUGAGUCGGUCGAUGAUGCCGCAUUCACGGAAGAUAUCACUGGCAGCCAUGUUGUACCUUUCAGUUAUCAUGGUCGCUAUCGCACUCAUUAGGCUCGUUGGCACCAUUGCAAAAACAAAGCCGAACGGACAUGGAUCAGCACCAACAUGGGACACGUACUGGUCUCAGAUUGAGGAAUGUAUUGCACUCAUGACGACGACUAUUAUUGUCAUUUGUGCGGUUUUCAUUACAAAGACGUUACGCGAGCAUAGGCGCAUGGAGGACAGUAUAUGGUCACGAGCCGGUCGUCGUCUUCUGUCAACGUUACGGGUAGGAGGGUCACCAGGUGGCAGCGGACAUAGUGGCCCUCGAAAGUCCAAUGAAGGGCGCGCUUACAACUCGAAGAUACCGCAAAUUUCCACACAAGCAUUGACCUCAGUUACAGUCAUGAGCCCGGGCGACUUCGUCAACACUGAAGGUCUGAGAAGUAACAGCACCGAAGAUGCUUUGAAAGAAUCUGGAUCUUCCUAUCAUCUUGACGACUUGAAUUAUCAUUCCCUGCACAGAGUUGAGUCUGGAGUCUCCGAAGCUCCUCGUUGAAGAAUCAUCAGAACAGCACUUUUAAUUCAUUGAAUUCUUCGUGAGAAUUGUUAAAUCAUAUUUAUGGGGUCAACUUCCUUGAGUGACAAGUUAUGAGGGUUUAUGUUCGUAAUUUUUUUCACGUCUGUUACGUCUAGUUGGACCUAGAGAUGAUGCCAUUGAGCUUAUCAAGCCGUUAGCUUUACUUGCUUGGCUCCCGCGCCAGUACAAGGGAAUUUUUGGUCCUAAACAACGUCAGCCGUCUUGGGAAAUUUC